CGGAAGCUCUUCUCUGACAGUACAAGGAAUACACCUCGAAUGUUUGAUUGUUCUCAAGUUCCCUUAUUAACGCUCUUUAUUGAUCCCGACCAUGUCAUCUUGGCUAGCUGGCCUCCCUUCUCCAGGGGAAUUUUUCCCGCCCACGCCCCGAGUUUCGAGCUUUUUGAUGAACUUCUACAGAAUAUGGCCAAUUUUGUCAAUUUUACAAUGGACGCCUUUGAGGAGCCUCCAAGCGAUGGGCAAGACGUCCUCCAAUUCGCGAUUCAACAUUCCUGGUCGACUUGCAUGGUCGAUCGCCGAAGGCGCUGGGCCGCUCAAUCUUCUCUACAUCCUCUACACCCUCCCAGCAAAGCUGAAGCCUACCCCGGAUGCAUCAACCAGUUUCAUGGGUACAGGACUCCCAGCACAGUCUGAAAUCCUGGCGUGUUUGUACCUCGCUCACUACCUGAACCGAGCAUUCUACACUCCAUGGUUUGUUGCUGCGAGCAUGUCGCCCAUCCAUCCGAUUAUAGCCCUCUUCAUGGGCGUCCACCAGUACUUGAACUCGAGCAACAUUGCCUAUGGUCUAGUAUAUUCCGUUCGGAGUGAUGAAGCCCAGGAUCAUCGCCAACUCUUUUCUUAUGGCUCUGUCCUUGGCACCAUCAUUGGACUCGCACUUUUCUCCGAGGGACUAUGGAGAAACAUGAGCUCAGAGGCAAUACUGCACAACAUGCGGCGAGAUGCAGCAAAACGCAAGGCAAGAUCAGAAGGCAAGGUCGAGAUCAGCUAUGACAAGGUGUAUGUUAUUCCUCCACCGCAGGGAUACUUUCGAAACAUUCUUUGUCCACACUACGUCUGGGAAUGGAUUGAGUGGGCGGGAUAUUACAUCCUCGGAGGGACUUGGGGACUCGGCUGGGGAUGGCAAAGCCCAGCCUUGUGGUUCGUUAUUGUUGAGGUGACCACAAUGCUACCAAGAGCCGUGACACAGCGGAACUGGUACAUGGAGAAGUUUGGGAAAAGGGCUGUUGCUGGAAGAGCUGCUGCUAUACCUGGUGUCUUGUAGAUAUUCGGUUCUCAACCUACGCUUUCAUAUAGGGUCUUUUUGCCGGACGAGCAUGUGAAGGAGGGUGAAUGGCUCUACAUAAGCGAAGACCCCAAAUACUCCGUAGCCAGCACGAUAUUAAUCCUCACCGAUCAUGGCGUGAUAACCAAAACCCUCGGAAGCGAAAGGAACAAGCUCCCGAGAGGCGGCUUUGAGUGGUGGGUGUCGCCGGUACCGCAGUGUUAGGCACUUCUAGCCAGGUAUGAAUAGGCAGUACUAGACGUGAUUAGGCAUCCGUCAGGCAUUGUUAGGUACCCCGCUGACCCCUCCGAAGGUCCCUUGUGCCUCUAGUGGCCAAUCUUUCCGAAGUCAGCGAAGUCUGAGAUGAGUCUAACUGAGUGCAGAGAAACAUC